AUGAGUGUUCCGGAACAAUCAUGUGAAAUUGAUGAUCAUAAAAUAACUCUUACUGAGCUAUAUCAACGCUACAAUACUGAUCCAAAAAUAGGUCUAACAGAUGCGAAAGUAGAAGAAAUUUUUAAUCGUUAUGGUCCCAAUAUUUUGUCACAACCGAAGACAACAGUUGAAUGGAUGAAACUUUGUCGUCAAAUAUUUGGUGGAUUUGCAUUUUUGUUUUGGAUUUGUGCAAACUCUCAAGUAUUUGUUCUUCGUAAUAGCGAGAAAAAGGAAAUAGACACCAAAGAUUUAGUAAUAGGUGAUAUUAUUGAAAUCAAUUCUGGUGAUAUUAUACCUGCUGAUAUUCGCAUUAUCGAAUCGGAUAACUUCAAAGUCGAUAAUUCUUGUUUGACUGGAGAAUCAGAAUUACAAUCACGUUCAACUGAAUUUACCAAUGAAAAUCCAUUUGAAACGAAAAAUUUGGUUUUUUAUAGUACUGUAGCAGCGGAAGGCACUGCUACAGGUCUUGUCAUUCGUACGAGGAAUCAUACUAUAAUUGACAAUAUUUUUAAAUCAAUUGGAAAUCAAACUACAAAUGAUACACCGCUUAUUAAAGAGAUUUCUCAAUCGACUUAUAGCAUCACCUGUGUAGCCAUCAUUCUUGGUAUAGUUUUCUUCGUCAUCGCACUUAGUCUCGGUUAUCCAUUGAUCGAAUCAAUCAUUCUUCUCAUUGUUGUUAUCAUUGUUAAUGUACCGAAAUGUCUAUCUAUCACUGUCACGAUAUGUUUAUCACUGAUAGUAAAAAGAAUGGCUAGAAAAAAUUGUUUGGUGCGAAAGUUGGAAGCUAUCGAACUUCUUGGUUCAACAUCGAUCAUGUGUAUGGAUAGAAAUGGAGUAUUGACACAAAAUCAGUUGGCAGUUACUCAUAUGUGGCUCGAUAACAAACUUGUUCAAGUGGACAUCAGUGACAAAGAAGACUUAUACUCCUUCGACAAAAAUUCAUCUACUUUCGUGGAUCUAGCUCGUUGUACCGUGCUUUGCAAUCGAGCUGAUUUCAAACAAGAUUCAGAAAAUUUAGCACGAUCAAUAAUAGAACGUGAAUGUACUGGGAUUGCGUCUGAAAUCGCUGUACUAAAAUAUAUUGAACUAUCCAAUGGUAAUGUGAAUAAAGUCCGUCAGGAAAAUCCAAAAGUGUAUGAAAUUCCAUUUAAUUCAGCAAAUAAAUAUCAAUUAUCGAUCCAUGAAAUGCAUAUUAAUAAUGAAAGUGGAGACAAUUCUCACUCUUAUUUAUUAGUAAUGAGAGGAGCUUUUGAACAAAUUAUUGAACGAUGUUCAUCAAUUUCUAUCGAUGGUGCAGACUUGGAAAUGAACGAGUAUUGGCGAGCUGCAUGCGAACAUGCGUAUUCAGAGUUGGGUAAUUUAGGAGAACGAACAAUGACUUUUUGUGACUUACGUUUACCGGCUAAAGAAUAUCCAAUCGGAUAUUCAUUCGAUGUGGAUGAAGUCAAUUUUCCUACAGAAAAUCUUCGUUUUCUUGGUAUUGUGGGGAUGAGUGAUCCGCCGAAGAGAGCUAUUCCUGACAUGAUAAAGAAAUGUCGUUCGGCUGGAAUUAAAAUGAUUAUGAUAACGGGUGACAAUGCAGUUACUGCGAAGGCUACUGCACGUGCUGUGAACAUCAUUUCAAACGGUUCAGAAACAAUAGAAGAUAUAGCAGAACGUUUGAGCAUUCCUGUAGAAUCAGUCAAUUCAAGUGACGCUAAAGCUUGUGUUAUUCAGGGUAAUGAUCUCCAUAACAAAUCACCCGAAGAAAUUGAUGCAUUGCUAAACAAUUAUACAGAAAUUGUUUUUGCCCGAAUAUCUCCUCAAGAUAAAGUCAGUAUUGCUGAAGGUAAGUAUGACAUUAUUGACAAAGAAAGAUUAAGAUCAAUGCUCUAUUUAGCAUGUCAACGACAAGGUGGUAUUGUGACUAUGACAGGCGAGGGUACCAACGAUAUACCAGCUUUGCAACAAGCUAGUGUCAAAGUAGUUAUGGGUAUUGCCGGUACAAAUACAUGUAAACAAGCAGGAGAUAUACUUCUGGUAGAUGACAAUUUUGCUUCAAUUCUCACGGGUGUGGAACAAGGUCGUCUGCUGUUUGCUAACUUGAAAAAAUCAAUUGUCUAUACUAUGACAUCAAACAUUGCCAAAAUUAUGUCACUUCUGAUUUGUUUAUUAACGACUGUACCGUUAGCAUGGGGAAUCAUUACUGUUUUGUGUAUCGAUUUCAUUAAUAUAACAGGAGCUAUUUCAUUAGCCUACGAGAAAGCGGAGACAGAUAUUAUGAAGAGACCACCAAGAAAUCCAAAGAAUACUCGAUCUAUCGUUGUUUUUAGUUCUAUAUUACUAGCUUCCAGUUUCAUAGGUAUCAUUCAAGUAGCUACUGGGUUCUUUGCUUAUUUUUUAAUUAUGAUCAAUAAUUCAUACGGUCAACAAUGGAAUGAUGAACAACGAAAACAACUGGAAUUUUCAUGCUACACUGCUUUCAUUAUUACUGUCAUGUUUUGUCAAUGGGCAACAUUGAUCAUAUUCAAAACUGGACGAGAUUCCAUUUUGCUACAAGCCAUCAAUAUGAGAUUUGGAGCCAUUCUGGUUGCAAUCAUUGCCUACAUAAUAUAUAACAAUACCACUUAUCCAUUCAAAUUUGGCUGGUGGUAUCCGGCAUUGUUUUAUGUUUUUCUAAUGUUGAUCUUUAAUGAAGUGCGUAAAUACAUUGUUCGUAAACAUCCUGAUAGUGUGAUGGCAACAACAACUUCUUAUUAG